AUGUUUUUCCCUUCUCUUCACUCAAUCAUCACACGUCUCACAACACGUUGGCCUCUUCUACUUUCUGCUGCAACAUGGACAAUCCUCUUGACGUUAACAGUGGCCGUGGCUUCUUUUGCUCCUGAAUUGGCUUUUGUAUCGGCUAUAUCUCCUUCGUCAUCUUUCUCAAGAUCAUGUUACGCAGAUGGGUUUGUUAGGAUUCCUUUGGACUUUCCCAGGGAGAGUUUGUGCGUGCCUUCUCGUAUGGCGAAGAGGUCCCCGUUGGAUUUCUUUGUUCCUACCGUGUUUUCAGCGCUUGUUGUGGUUGGUUCUACUUUCGUGGUUCGAUCUCUGGGCUUGUGGGAGACUGGGAGAGCUUGA